CAACUGCAUAUGUUACAGGAGGUUUUAGAUUUAGGGUUUUUGCUAGUUCGCUUGCUCUCGUACUCACACUCUCACAGAGGCCGGACAUGACGGAAGUAGCGCAUAUCUCCCAGAGCAUUGAAGGCGAAGACAAAGCCACCGAAGACAUGGAAUUGGAAACUGAAGGAGCCGUCCAAAACCCUAACAUUUCCGAAGAAGAGCAUUCGAACGGAGGCGAGAAACCAGAAGUUAAUGGAGAUCAAUCGUCCACGAGGACCCCGAAUGGCGAUUCAAAGCGACCAAGAGAAGAAGGGGAUGAGUCAGACGGAGAGGACGGGUUGUCGAAGAAACAAAAGAUCGAGAAGUCAGUCGAAGAAGAACGCCUUGAAAAGCUACAACAGAGCGAGGAAGACGAUGAAGUGAAAGAAGACGGAAAAGAAAAGGACGAAGAACAAGAAAAAGAAGAAGAAAAGAAAGAAGAUCCUGUGAGUCUCGGUCCAAAGAAAUUCAGCUCAUCGGAAGAUAUGUUUAAUUACUUCUACAAGUUACUCCAUUACUGGCCUCCCAAUAUCAACGUUAACGAGUAUGAGCACAUGGUGUUGCUGGACUUGCUCAAGAAGGGCCAUGCCGAGGCAGAGAAGAAGCUUGGAGGAGGUGUCGGUGCUUUCCAGGUCCGCUACCAUCCAAUGUGGAAAAGCCGGUGUUUCUUUCUCAUCAGGCAUGACGAAUCUGUGGACGAUUUCAGUUUCAGGAAGUGCGUGGAUCACAUACUCCCAUUACCUGAAAACAUGAAAGUGAAGUCAGAUGUUAACAAGGCGUUGGGUGCAAGUAAGAAGGGAGGUGGAGGGCGUGGAGGAAGAGGUGGUGGUCGUGGCCGUGGACGAGGAAGGCGUGCUAGAAAUUGAGAUUGCUUUAUUUAUCAUGAUUGUCAGAUUUCAGUUAUAGGUAUAUCUUUGAGGCCAAAGACAGACUCCAAGAAGCAAAAAUAGGGAAUCACUUUUUGUCUUAUUAUCGUAUUGGGCUCAACGGUCUUUAUUCAAUUCUUUUAGUGUUUACAUGUUUCUUAAAAUAAAUUAUAAUAUGCUGAUCUUUCUUUAUUACUGA